AUGGGCGCUCCUUCAGCAACUACUGACUUCGACGCUUCGGCCGGGAAAGUCACAAGCCCCGCUGGUCUGGCUCACAUCGUCCUUCGAACCGCCAAUUUCGCCAGUAUGGUGGACUUCUACACAAAAUUUCUCGGCGGCACCAUCACAUAUGGCAACGACUUUUUGUCAUUCAUCACAUACGACGAAGAACAUCACCGCAUCGCAAUCAUCAGUGUGCCGGGAACCGCCCCGAAGCAACCCACCAGCAGCGGUCUAGAACAUGUGUCAUUCUCCUUCACCACCAUGCACAAUCUGCUCCUGGCCUAUCGACAGCGCAAGCAGAAAGGCAUAGAACCCGUGUGGAGUGUUAACCACGGGCCAACGACGAGUAUUUAUUACAAAGACCCAGAUCGCAAUAUGAUAGAAACCCAGGUCGAUAACUUUGCUUCGGUCGAGGAGGCAACAGCCUUCAUGAACUCUGAGCACUUCGUUGAGAACCCGAUUGGCACCGACGUCGACCCAGAGGAUCUCAUUGCGAGGCUUCAAAAUGGCGAAUCUGACAAGUCGCUCAUGAAACGUGUCGAGAUUGGCGCACGUGCCGUGCCUGACUUGGUUGCCAUGUAG